CCCACAAUGGUUGUUACAGUGAAACGUCUAGUUCUCAGUGACACAGUGUUAGCACUGGCCUCAGCCGUACAUGUUAGACUUAAUGUUUCCAUUCCCUCGGAAUCGUUUUUUGGAUAUUACGAGUUCGAAAUCGAUCCCUCAAAAAGAGACAAAAACUGUAUCUUUGAUGAUCUAUUUCCAAGCAUUCGAUUGGGAUAUUCCAUCACAGGAGGAUUCUUUUCCAACUUAAGAAAAUUGUUUUAUUGGGAUAUGUGUGAAUUGCUAAGCAACAGUGUAGAACUUAACAUCACAGUUAAAAACACUACCAAAAACAAAAUGAACUGUUCAAACGUUUCAAAGACUAUAUGUGCAAUGUAUUGUAAUGCUGAUUUUUCAUUAGCCAACACUACGAGAGCUUUGAUGACUCUCAAAAAUAUUACGCUAAAAAAUAAGUGUAUUAAAUAUGUGCGUCAUACACAUAGACCAACACAGAUCACGCACGCCACAUCAAGCAGCACACCACCAGUGCAGCUCUCGACUUUAAAACAGAUUUGGACUAAAUCUACGACAAAAUCUGCAAUCGUCACUCCGUCAUCGAACAUUACGAUUUCUCGAUCAACCACUGCAAAGACCACAUUAAAAAUAUCCACAACCACUUCAGAUAACAUGUUCUCGUCUACAACUAUAUCAAGAGCAGGGAAAAUCGUUCAACAUUUUAAUGUAUCUGGUAACGAAGCUACAAUACUCGGAGUUUUCUUCGGCUCCGUAAUCCUGGUCGUGUUUAUCGUCCUUUUCAUAUGGCGCCUCACAAAAUUUGAACUGUUCGUGAAACAAACACAAGUAGAGGCAUUUUGUAUCGCCGACCUCAGUGAAGCCAUCAACAGAAACAGUAAUGGCGCGGCCUGCUCGAUGAAUGUUUACACAACACCGGAUGGGGAAUGGGACACAGAAGAUGGGCACCGUCACAGAGAUGUGUACUCACUCCCGGGAACUGAAGACAACUACAGUACCGGACGGUACCAGAUACCAGAUGUCAUCAAAGGUCAGGUCCAUUUAGAGAGCUACGGCAAAGAUCCGUCUGUUGCUAACGGCGGGUAUCAAGAUAAUUAUAUUGACGUCACUGAACAUUAUGUUUACAUGGAUGACACCUUGAAAAGGGGGGUAGUGUAUGAUGUCAUAGACAUACACUCAUACAUCAACACUUAA